AUGAUGGACAGAGCCUGCUCCCUCACUGGAACCCCUGAGAGCAUUGAGUGAGUUUCUAGAUUGAGACUGUUGAACGUGACAAAUUCUAUAAACUUAGUGGCAGUAAAGUACCGUCGACAUCCUUUGUCAUUUUGAAAAUAACAAUGUUUCCGUCUUGAGUGGACCCUAAUGCAUUUGAUGGCCCAACAUUAUGUGGAAAGUCCCCUUAUUGACGGUUUAUAGAUGCUCACUGUAUCAACUGAAACCCUAUUGGAAUUAGUUAAAAAUAUAUAUAUUUAACUGUCACUCCACAAUAUUACCGUUUUGACAAUACAUAAUACGGUUUUAAAAACCACAUUGUGGACCACUCAGAUAAUGUUUUGACACUGUAGGACAGUCAUAGUAGGCAAUGAUAGUACAAUAUUUCAUUGGUUUCGGUGAUAAUACAUUACAUCAUCUACAGUGGCUUGCGAAAGUAUUCACCCCCCUUGGCAUUUUUCCUAUUUUGUUGCCUUACAACCUGGAAUUAAAAUGGAUUUUUGGGGGAUUUGUAUCAUUUGAUUUACACAACAUGCCUAUAACUUUGAAGAUGCAAAAUAUUUUUUCUUGUGAAACAAACAAGAAAUAAGACAAAAAAACAGAACUUGAGCGUGCAUAACUAUUGAUCCCCCCAAAGUCAAUACUUUGUAGAGCCACCUUUUGCAGCAAUUACAGCUGCAAGUAUCUUGGGGUAUGUCUCUAUAAGCUUGGCACAUCUAGCCACUGGGAUUUUUGCCCAUUCUUCAAGGCAAAACUGCUCCAGCGCCUUCAAGUUGGAUGGGUUCUGCUGGUGUACAGCAAUCUUUAAGUCAUACCACAUAUUCUUAAUUGAAUUGAGGUCUGGGCUUUGACUAGGCCAUUCCAUUCCAAGACAUUUAAAUGUUUCCCCUUAAACCACUCGAGUGUUGCUUUAGCAGUUUGCUUAGGGUCAUUGUCCUGCUGGAAGGUGAACCUCCGUCCCAGUCUCAAAUCUCUGGAAGACUGAAACAGGUUUCCCUCAAGAAUUUCCCUGUAUUUAGGUCCAUCCAUCAUUCCUUCAUUUCUGACCAGUUUCCCAGUCCCUGUCGAUGAAAAACAUCCCACAGCAUGAUGCUGCCACCACCAUGCUUCACUGUGGGGAUGGUGAUCUCGGGGUGAUGAGAGGUGUUGGGUUUGCGCCAGACAUAGCGUUUUCCUUGAUGGCCCAAAAGCUCAAUUUUAGUCUCAUCUGACCAGAGUACCUUCUUCCAUAUGUUUGGGGAGUCUCCCACAUGCCUUUUGGUGAACACCAAACGUGUUUUCUUAUUUUUUUUCUUUAAGCAAUGGCUUUUUUCUGGCCACUCUUCUGUAAAGCCCAGCUCUGUGGCGUGUACGGCUUAAAGUGGUCCUAUGGACAGAUACUCCAAUCUCCGCUGUGGAGCUUUGCAGCUCCUUCAGGGUUAUCUUUGGUCUCUUUGUUGCCUCUGAUUAAUGCCCUCCUUGCCUGUUCCGUGAGUUUUGGUGGGUGGCCCUCUCUUGGCAGGUUUGUUGUGGUGCCAUAUUCUUUCCAUUUUUUAAUAAUGGAUUUAAUGGUGCUCCAUGGGAUGUUCAAAGUUUCUGAUCUUUUUUUAUAACCCAACCCUGAUCUGUACUUCUCCACAACUUUGUGCCUGACCUGUUUGGAGAGCUCCUUGGUCUUCAUGGUGCCGCUUGCUUGGUGAUGCCCAUUGCUUAGUGGUGUUGCAGACUCUGGGGCCUUUCAGAACAGGUGUGUGUAUAUACUGAGAUCAUGUGACAGAUCAAGUGACACUUAGAUUGCACACAGGUGGACUUUAUUUAACUAAUUAUGUGACUUCUGAAGGUAAUUGGUUGCACCGUAUCUUAUUUAGGGGAUUCAUAGCAAAGGGGGUGAAUACAUAUGAACGCACUACUUUUCCGUAAUUUAUUUUUUAGAAUGUAUUGAAACAAGUUAUUUUUUUCUUUUUCAUUUUUUACCAAUUUGGACUAUUUUGUGUGUGUCCAUUCCAUGAAAUCCAAAAAGUUAAAUUUCAGGUUAUAAUGCCACAAAAUAGGAAAAAAUGCCAAGGGGGAUGAAUUAUUUUGCAAGGCACUGUAUAGUUCAUUGAUAUACAACUUUUUGCACUCCACCAGGCAGGCCAAGAGAAUGCUUGGUCAGAUAGUGGACCGCUGUCGGAACGGCCCCGGGUUCCACAGCGAGGCUGAGAGCAACAGCUCAGUCCAGGAGAUGCUCAUCCCAGCCAGCAAAGUGGGCCUGGUCAUCGGAAGGGGAGGGGACACCAUCAAGCAACUGCAGGUAUGUCUUCCUAGAGAAAAAAUAAUAAUGUAAUAGGAUCUCUGUGGCUAUACUCCCUCUAGCCUUCUAUAAUAAUGCCACAACUAGCCCAAUUACUACAUUUACAUUUACGUCAUUUAGCAGACGCUCUUAUCCAGAGCGACUUACAAAUUGGUGCAUUCACCUUACUACCAUUAUUGCUGCAGCACUACCACUACCACUACUGCUACUAGGCCUACACAGGUUUUUGUUAACCCAACUACACCUUUUUUCACAACCAUAAAUACUUCAAGACAAGCAAGACACACAUUUUCUUUAGGAAAUCUCAUUUUCUAGUUUCUACAGUCUUCUCUGUAAUUAUCAAGUAGUUAUGAUGUUCACUAUUUUCCUUUCUUCCCUCGUAUGGACUAACAUGAGGCCCACAAGGUUUGUGAGCAAAGGAUUGUUGUUUGUCCGUACGCACCCUACUUAGUGUCACUCUGUGGUAGGGCUGUCGCGGUGACCGUAUUACCGCCACACCGGCAGUCAUGAAGUCAAAUUCCACGUGACCGUUUAGUCACGGUAAUUAGGCUCUGAUGCUGCUGAUGGUCAUUAGUAGCCUACCAAACUUGCUAACUACCUGGUACUCAGCACUCUAUUGUCCCUCUAAUCACUCUGACGUCAAUGCAAAUGUAAUCGAAAAUCUAAUCAAACACUUCAUGAGAGAUAAUGUUGCUCAACAUUUCUAUAGGUUAUGCAAUUGCGCGAGAAAACCGAGUGAUGGCCUCAAAUAAAGAUAGAGGAGCUUCCCAUCAGCUUUCUAUAGGCUAGGCCUACUGUAUUUAUUUCUCAACUUUCCUAAUAUUAAGCACAUUGCUUAUCUUUACAACAGGAGUAUAGCCUACCUGGCUGACAUGAAAAUGAACCAUGAGAAAAGCAUCCUCCAUUCGCUAUUUAAGUGCAUAGAUUACUUUUUUUUUCCCCCCUGACCCUGUUUUUUGAUGGGUGCAUGAUAAUGGUCCAUUCUAAAUCAAAACAUAUUUCACACAUUUGAUUUAAUCUUGUCUUUACAUAUACUAAAUAAAGAAUAAUAGUCUGAUGGGUGACAAUAUUAGCCUAUCACUUGUGAAUUAUAUACUAUCACUUGUGAAUGAUGCCCUGCAUUAGGCAAGAAACAAGGCCUUUUCUUUGCGACUUUUUCUAAUUAUAGUCGCACACCUCAUGUAGCCUACCCCAUAGGCCUACAGUACCAGUCAAACGUUUGGACACACCUACUCAUUCAAGGGUUUUUCUUUAUUUUUACAAUUUUUUUUACAUUGUAGAAUAAUAGUGAAGACAUCAAAACAUGAUGACAGCUUUAUACACUCUUGGCAUUCUCUCAACCAGCUUCACCUGGAAUGCUUUUCAAACAGCCUGAAGGAGUUUCCACAUGUACUGAGCACUUGUUGGCUGCUUUUCUUUCACUCUGCGGUCCAACUCAUCCCUAAUCAUCUCAAUUGGGUUGAGGUCGGGGGAUUGUGGAGGCCAGGUCAUCUGAUGCAGCACUCCAUCACUCUCCUUCUUCGUAAAAUAGCCCUUACACAGCCUGGAGGUGUGUUGGGUCAUUGUCCUGUUGAAAAACAAAUGAUAGUCCCACUAAGCCCAAACCAGAUGGGAUGGCGUAUUGCUGCAGAAUGCUGUGGUAGACAUGCUGGUUAAGUGUGCCUUGAAUUCUAAAUAAAUCACAGACAGUGUCACCAGCAAAGCACCCCCACACCAUAACACCACCUCCUCCAUGCUUUACGGUGGGAAGUACACAUGUGGAGAUCAUCUGUUCACCCACACCGCGUCUCACAAAGACACAGCGGUUUGAACCAAAAAUCUCACAUUUGGACUCCAGGUCUAAUGUCCAUUGCUCGUGGUUUUUGGCCCAAGCAGGUCUCUUCUUGUUAUUGGUGUCCUUUAGUAGUGGUUUCUUUGCAGCAAUUCGACCAUGAAGGCCUGAUUGACACAGUCCCCUCUGAACAGUUGAUGUUGAGAUGUCUCUGUUACUUGAACUCUGAAGCAUUUAUUUGGGCUGCAAUAUCUGAGGCUGGUAACUCUAAUGAAUGUAUCCUCUGCAUUCGUGUUGUGGUCCUCAUGAGAGCCAGUUUCAUCAUAGCGCUUGAUUGUUUUUGCGACUGCACUUGAAGAAACUUUCAAAGUUCUUGACAUUUUCCGUAUUGACUGACCUUCAUGUCUUAAAGUAAUGAUGGACUGUCAUUUCUCUUUGCUUAUUUAAGCUGUUCUUGCUAUAAUAUGGACUUGGUCUUUUACCAAAUAGGGCUAUCUUCUGUAUACCCAACCCUACCUUGUCACAACACAACUGAUUGGCUCAAACGCAUUAAGAAGGAAAUCAAUUCCACAAAUUAACUUUUAAGAAGACACACCUGUUAAUUGAAAUGCAUUCCAGGUGACUACCUGAGAUAAUGCAAAGAGUGUGCAAAGCUGUCAGCCACCCUUUGCCUUGAUAUUUGAAGAAUCUCAAAUAUAAAAUAUAUUUUGAUUUGUUUAACACUUUUUUGGUUACUACAUGAUUCCAUACAGUGGGGAAAAAAAGUAUUUAGUCAGCCACCAAUUGUGCAAGUUCUCCCACUUAAAAAGAUGAGAAAGGCCUGUAAUUUUCAUCAUAGGUACACGUCAACUAUAUUAGACAAAAUGAGAAAAGAAAAUCCAGAAAAUCACAUUGUAAGAUUUUUAAUGAAUUUAUUUGCAAAUUAUGGUGGAAAAUAAGUAUUUGGUCACCUACAAACAAGAAAGAUUUCUGUCUCUCACAGACCUGUAACUUCUUCUUUAAGAGGCUUCUCUGUCCUCCACUCGUUACCUGUAUUAAUGGCACCUGUUUGAACUUGUUAUCAGUAUAAAAGACACCUGUCCACAACCUCAAACAGUCACACUCCAAACUCCACUAUGGCCAAGACCAAAGAGCUGUCAAAGGACACCAGAAACAAAAUUGUAGACCUGCACUAGGCUGGGAAGACUGAAUCUGCAAUAGGUAAGCAGCUUGGUUUGAAGAAAUCAACUGUGGGAGCAAUUAUUAGGAAAUGGAAGACAUACAAGACCACUGAUAAUCUCCCUCGAUCUGGGGCUCCACGCAAGAUCUCACCCCGUGGGGUCAAACUGAUCACAAGAACGGUGAGCAAAAAUCCCAGAACCACACGGGGGGACCUAGUGAAUGACCUGCAGAGAGCUGGGACCAAAGUAACAAAGCCUACCAUCAGUAACACACUACGCCGCCGGUGACUCAAAUCCUGUAGUGCGAGACGUGUCCCCCUGCUUAAGCCAGUACAUGUCCAGGCCCGUCUGAAGUUUGCUAGAGUGCAUUUGGAUGAUCCAGAAGAGGAUUGGGAGAAUGUCAUAUGGUCAGAUGAAACCAAAAUAUAACUUUUUGGUAAAAACUCAACUUGUCGUGUUUGGAGGACAAAGAAUGCUGAGUUGCAUCCAAAGAACACCAUACCUACUGUGAAGCAUGGGGGUGGAAACAUCAUGCUUUGGGGCUGUUUUUCUGCAAAGGGACCAGGACGACUGAUCCGUGUAAAGGAAAGAAUGAAUGGGGCCAUGUAUCGUGAGAUUUUGAGUGAAAACCUCCUUCCAUCAGCAAGGGCAUUGAAGAUGAAACGUGGCUGGGUCUUUCAGCAUGACAAUGAUCCCAAACACACUGCCCGGGCAACAAAGGAGUGGCUUCGUAAGAAGCAUUUCAAGGUCCUGGAGUGGCCUAGCCAGUCUCCAGAUCUCAACCCCAUAGAAAAUCUUUGGAGGGAGUUGAAAGUCCGUGUUGCCCAGCGACAGCCCCAAAACAUCACUGCUCUAGAGGAGAUCUGCUUGGAGGAAUGGGCCAAAAUACCAGCAACAGUGUGUGAAAACCUUGUGAAGACUUACAGAAAACGUUUGACCUGUGUCAUUGCCAACAAAUGGUAUAUAACAAAGUAUUGAGAAACUUUUGUUAUUGACCAAAUACUUAUUUUCCACCAUAAUUUGCAAAUAAAUUCAUUAAAAUUCCUACAAUGUGAUUUUCUGGAAAAAAUAUUCUCCUUUUGUCUGUCAUAGUUGACGUGUACCUAUGAUGAAAAUUACAGGCCUCUCUCAUCUUUUUAAGUGGGAGAAAUUGCACAAUUGGUGGCUGACUAAAUACUUUUUUUCCCCACUGUAUGUGUUAUUUCAUAGUUUUGAUGUCUUCAUUAUUAUUCUACAAUGCAGGAAAUAUUUUUAAAAAAUAAAGAAAAACCCUUGAAUGAGAAGGUGUGUCCACUUUUGACUGGUACUGUAUAUGUUUUGAUAAGGUUUGUAUCACAACUAAAGUAGCCAAAUAACUUCUUAAAAUUAGGCACAUUAAUCCACUUUACAAGGGGUGCAGAGUCUAAACGGCAUACGUAAGCAGCGCGUGAGUUUCAAGUUUGGGGAAGAUAAUUUUUCCAAUAAAAAUACACCUUUAUAAUAAAAGCAUUACAUGAAUAAUCGCAUUUGAGGUCACUUUUGAUAAUGGUGUUUUACCGCUAAUGGAACAUUUGCGCUAAUCGCCUACUGCCGUGUGCGCAUUGCUGUGCUCAUAAUUGUAAGAAAUAGCCUAAUAGUUUAUAAACAUUUAAAGCUAAACCUUCUGAUCUGUUGAGUCAGCCACAUUGCGUAAAAACGUUUUUGGGAUGCUAGUGGUUGUAUGAGUUUGGGAUUUAUCGCGUCCCACAACUGUCCCAGACUAUGUUUGGAAUAUUUAUUUCUCGCACAGAAUAGAAUAGGUCAACAUGUGUACCAUGGGAGAUGGUAGAUUAACAUAGGCUAGUGCUUUUGCUGUUCGUUAGGCCUACUCAUCUUGUUGGCUGACAAAAAGUAAAUGUGGGCUGUUCUUCCAAUAUCUUCAAUAUGCACCUUGGAAUUGGAUAAGGACGCGCGCAGUUGUGUCCCCGAUGUGUCUGUCUUCACUUGUAGCCUGUGAGAAAGACCCGAUCACGUGAUGGAUAGCCAUGUGAGUGAGAGGUGCUUUGGAGCGCAGAGCACUCAGGGAGAAGGGCACAACGCAGCACUCCGGCACAACGGCCACUGGCCGCAAAAAUUGGGUGCAUUACGGCGACACAAAGGGUAUGCCGCCGUGAAAAUCGAGUCAUUAUCAAGUGCUUGUCAAAUUGUGAAUGAGAGACUGAUAGUGUGUACAGCCUGCGCAAAAAACAAAGCAGAGCUCAUACCUUUUUUAAGUGACUUUUUUCAAAUCAUCAUUAGUCGUAGCCUUACAAUGUGUUAAAAAUCAAAACAUAUAGCCCAAUGUUGUUAGAACAACUAAAGUUACAUUGAUUAAUCUAAAUUACCCAUAUAGGAGUACCUAUUUAAUUGUUAACUGCAAAUCAAAACAUAUAGCCCAAUGUUGAUAGAACAACUAAAGUUACAUUGAUGAAUCUAAAUUACCCAUAUAGGAGUACCUAUUUAAUUGUUAAUUGCUAAACACAGAAUAGCUGCAUGUGCGCACUCCCUCAAAUCGUUUGGAGAAAAUAUCCUUUCUAUUUUAUUCAGCUUUGUUCAAUUGUAUUCUUCAUACUAUAAAAAUAAUGCCACGGAAUUCUGAGCAAAUCUGUUAAAUGAACUAGUGUAGAAUUGGAGUGGGUCUAGGGUAUCCGGAAUGAUGCUGUUGAUGUGAGCCAUGACCAGUCUUUCAAAGCACUUAAUGGCUAACGACAUGAGUGCUACGGGGCAGUAAUGAUUUAGGCAGGUUACCUUCACUUCCUUGGGCACAGGGACUAUGGUGGUCUGCUUGAAACAUGUAGGUAUUACAUACUCGGUCAGGGAGAGGUUGAAAAUGUCAAUGAAGACACUUGCCAGUUGUUCCGCGCGUGCUUUGAGUACACGUCCUGGUAGUCCGUCUGGCCCCGCGGCUUUGUGAAUGUUGAUCUGUUUAAAGGUCUUGCUCACAUCGGCUACUGAGAGCGUUAUCACACAGUCGUCUGGUUGGCUCGCGUCACUGAGCAGCUCUCGGGUGGGUUUCCAUUUGUAGUCCGUAAAAGUUUUAGAGCCCUGCCACAUCCGACGAGCGUCAGAGCCCCACGUCAUCUGACCACUUCCGUAAUGAGCGAGUCACUGGUACUUCCUGCUUCAGUUUUUGCUUGUAAGCAGGAAUCAGGAGGAUAGAAUUAUGGUCAGAUUUGCCAAAUGGAGGGUGAGGGAGAGCUUUGUAUGUGUAUCUGUGUAUGGAGUAAAGGUGGUCUAGAGUUUUUUUUUUUUUUCUCUGGUUGUACAUGUGACAUGCUGGUACGGAAAUUAGGUAAAACGGAUUUAAGUUUGCCUGCAUUAAUGUCCCCGGCCACUAGGAGUGCCGCUUCUGGAUGAGCAUUUUCUUGUUUGCUAAUGGCCUUAUACAGCUCGUUGAGUGCAGUCUUAGUGCCAGCAUUGGUUUGUGGUGGUAAAUAGACGGCUAUGAAUAACAUAGAUGAGAACUCUCUCUUGGUAGAUAGUGUGAUCUACAGCUUAUCAUGAGGUAUUCUACCUCAGGCGAGCAAUACCUUGAGACUUCUUUAAUAUUAGACAUUGCGCACCAGCUGUUAUUGACAAAUAGACACACACCUCCGCCCCUCGUCUUACCAGACGUAGUAGCUUCUCUGUCCUGCCGAUGCAUAGAAAAUCCCACCAGCUCUAUAUUAUCCGUGUCGUCAGCCACGACUCAGUGAAACAUAAGAUAUUACAGUUUUUAAUGUCCUGUUGGUAGGAUAUUCUUGAUCGUAGAUCAUCCAUUUUGUUUUCCAAUGAUUGCACGUUGGCCAAUAGAACGGAUGGUAGUGGAGGUUUACUCACUCGCCUACGAAUUCUCAGAAGGCAGCCCGACCUCCGCUCCCCUUUUCUCUGUCUUUUCUUCAUGCAAAUGACGGGGAUUUGGGCCCAUUCCGAUAAAGCAGUAUAUCCCUCACGUCGGACUCGUUAAAGAAAAAAUAAUCAUUAGUUACAUCAUGCAGCCUUACAAUAUAUUAAAAAUCAAAACAUAUAGCCCUUUUGUAGAAUACCUAACGUUACAUGAAUAACUCUAAAUUAAGCAUAUAGGAGUACCUAUUUCUUUGUUAACCGCUCAACACAGAAUAGCCGAAUGUGCGCACUCCCUCAUAGUUUGGAGAAAAUUAUUUAUAUUUUAUUCAGCUUUGCUCAAUUGUAUUCUUCAUACUAUAAAAUAAUUUAAAAUGAUGGCACGGAUUUCUAAGAAAAUCUUGUCUGCUAAAUGAGUGUAGCCCACAGCCAUUUGGCAUAGCCAGAUUAGGACCUAACAUAAGGACAACGCUGAGUAUGCUGUUCUGUCCUUCUGAAAUAGAGUACCAUUUCUUCAAAUCAUGUUUCUUUAGACCUGUCUAAAAUAAAUAAUGGAUUUAUUGUGAAGGUGUAGGCUAUAUUACAUGUAUUUAUUAGACUUUUUAAAAUGUAGAUGUUUCAAAGGUUUCCAUCAGUGGCUUGUAGGCUAUGUGUGGAAGCCAGGAGAUGCUAAAUGCGUUUGUUAAUUAAUGGUCAAUUACCGUGAGACAGACAGUUAUUUGUUUGACAAUCACCGGCUGACCAAAUUUUGUGACAGCCACAGCCCAAGUCAGUGGUAGUCACUAAUAUUUCUGAGGGAGCCACUUUUGUGAAACUACCUCACUGGGCAAGCCACCAUACCAAUUGGAGAUGAGGGGUUGGGGAGGUCACACAGUCAAAUUGCUUCAUAAAAUCUAAACGGAUGAUUAGGCUAUCAAAGCAAUAUUUCUCAACUUCACAUUUUAGACAUUUACAUUUUUACAUGGAGUUCAUAUUGGCUGCCCUAAGAAGGCCGUUUGGUUCAUUUAGUUAGGCAAUUCUAAAAGCAGCAGCCUUAUAUUCAGGGCUUUUUUCAACUUCCAAAGCCUGUUAAAAUAGAAAAUGUUACUGUCUCUGCAACAGAAGGGACUCACUAUUUGCAAAAUGCAUUGCAUUGCUGUCUAGUCAUUUGAACGCUCUAACAUCGUUUUUUCUGAAGACAGUAUAACAUGGACCAUAAACCCGUUUCAUUGUCUAUUUUAGGAUACUUGGUGGUAUAAGAAACGAUUUUGAUGAGUAAAAAAAAAUCUGGGCUUAUUGCCAUUAACUCAAAAGUUAUAAAUAACAGAGUGAAAUUUCAGUCUGAAGGAAGUAUGCUUUGAAGUGAUUAAAAUGCAUCAGAAAUGUAUUGGAAAGUUCAGGAAAACCUCAGGUAUAAUGAUUAAGAAAUCUUUGUAUGAUGUUCUUUCGAGAAUCAAUUAAUUUCCCCUAUUCAUUCUGUGUGGAUUUGUCACACUCUGUUCUUAUGAGCCUUGUACGGCUUUUGAGUGUCCUAGAGGGAAACAGAAGACUUGGACGCGAGUCUUCGCUUUCAGGAACGGGAUCUACUACGUGUUUACCGUGUGUGUCUGUGUGUGCCAGGAGAGAAUAGGAGUGAAGAUGAUGAUGAUCCAGGACGGCCCCAUGCCCACCGGGGCGGACAAACCCCUGAGAAUCACUGGGGAUCCCUACAAGGUCCAGGUGAGGGAGGGGUGGGGGGCUGAGUAACGUUAUACAGGGCAACUACUGUUAGACUGCUGCAUGACGGGGAGCAUUGACGGCCACGGUGCACACAAACACCGUCACCCGAAUCUCAUUUUCUUCUCCCCAUAGCAAGCUCGGGAGUUGGUGAUCGAGAUCAUCCGCGACAAAGACCAGGGAGACUUCCGCAGCGGCCGCAACGACUUUGCGUCAAGAUUGGGCGGAAGUACUUUGGAUGUAAGAAUGCAAUGUGCAUGUACAGGAUGUCCAGUGAAUUUCACAACCCAUGACUAGGGUGUCAUUUUGAACACACCCUUGAUGUUUGAGCUCACGUGCUUCUGACCUUUUCCCUCCGUCUAGGUGGCUGUGCCCAGGUUUGCAGUGGGGAUCAUCAUUGGCCGGAGUGGUGAGAUGAUCAAGAAGAUCCAGGGGGAUUCUGGAGUGAGGAUCCAAUUCAAACCAGGUGCGUGCGCGCAUUUGUUUUUACAUACUGUAUGUCAGAUAUGUCAUAUGGAGGAGGGUUUCUCUUCACUGUAGAGAUGUAAUUAUAUCGGGGGAAUGCAAUUUUCCCUGUCUCGUAUCAUACCAUAACCAAGUAUGUAUGUGGAAAGAGCACUUUGAUUCUUUGUGUCGGUGUGUGCCGUAUCUUGGGUGUGUUCAAUAUGACAAAAUGAUGUGAUCAAUUCUACGGAAACUGAACGACCAGUUGAAAAACGUUGUGAUUAUGGUAGCCCAGAAGGUGAGUAGCGUAUGGUGUGCUACACAAGUUUUGCGAUUUUCAAAUGGUCACACCCGUAUUUAUCAGGCCACCCCUCACCACACCCACCAGUUUUUUGUUAGCUUCUGCACACAAUGUGCAGUAGUUAAUGGGGAUCCUAAUAAACUAAACCCAACCAAACGGGAGCAAAUGCACCUCAAAGACUGUUGAAGAACGGCGUGCACCGUUUUGGGGAAACGUGUCGUUCAGUACAAACCGUCAUGCAACGUAGCAAAUGUUGAAUCGAGCUGAACGCACUCCUGCUGUCAGUCACCACUGUUGGCUUAGUGCUGACCCUGCUCCCUCCUCCCACCACCAGAUGAUGGCAUCAGCCCAGAGCGCAUAGCCCAAGUGAUGGGACAACCAGACAGGUGUCAGCACGCUGUCCAUCUCAUCAACGAGCUCAUCCAAACAGCACAGGUAUGCACACACACACAGAACAAGCAAAUACCUCUCAAGUAAACACUCAGAGCAAAGAACACACACAUUCCACAUAAGUAGUGUACACACAAACGCACCACAGCAAGCAAACACACACUUGGCACAACACACACCAAGCAAGCACACGUACCACUCGUGAUCCUUAUUUUCCAGUCAAUUUAUUUUGCCGCAAGCUGCCUCUUGACCAAUGGUCGCAUCCCAAAUGACAGCCUAUUCCCUACAUAGUGCACUACUUUUGACAGGGCCCAUAAGGCUCUGGUCAAAAGUAGUGCACUAUGUAGGGAAUAGUGUGCCAUUUUGGGACUCGGCCCAUGUUGCUUGUUUUCUGGCAUGUAUCGCUCAGGUGGCCAAUACAAGACAAUUACCAUAUAGAUCUGCAAAUAAGUACUGCAACUCCUAGUCAAAUACAGCUAACAGAUUAGUCAUACGUUUGGUUCUUUGUAAGUGCGGACAACCUCAAGCAAAAUUACACGUUUGCAAUAAACAGGAUUGAAAAGAUACUGUAUCGAAUAUAUUACCUAUGAUAUAUCACAAGGACAUUGUAAAAUAAUGCCACUUCAUGCUUGGGUUAUGCUCCCGGGGUAUGAUGUCUGUAUUAGCUGGUGAGUGUCUCCUUGCUGUAUGUAAAACGUUUGAAUAUAAUUAAUUGCAUGUUUAUCAUUAUGAAUCACUCAUGAACUUCACUUUUUAUAUUCUCAUUGAAUUUGUCUGCAAUUGUCUUGAUAUGUCCAUUGUCUACGCUUGAUGACAUGUUUUAACGUAUGAACAGAGCUGCAAACAACAUUUCCCCAUGUGAAUAAUAAAGUUAUCUUAUGUGUGAUUGGAGCAGGAGCGCGAUGGCUUUGGGGGCUCUGGAGGACCAAGAGGAAGGGGACGAGGCCGCGGGGACUGGGGCAUGGGCUCACCAGGGGGACUGCAGGAGGUCACCUACACAAUACCCGCUGACAAGUGUGGUCUGGUGAUCGGCAAAGGUACUGCAACUCAGUCCCUCAGUGUUCAAAGCAUACUAGGGCAGCGUAGAACCUCGGAGCUCCAAACACAAGUGGAUGAUGUGCGGAACACUGAGAUGUCCGAAGUUCCCUUAACUAUAUGGAACUAUUAUAGAAAAUAUGGAUUGUGUAUUUACACAACUUUUCUCAUAUUUUAGCCAGAUGCUGUAAUUAUUGGAUGUGUUAUUAGCACAUGUAGGCCUAAGCAACAUUUAUGUUCAUCUGAAGCCUACAAAAAUGUGUUGGGUUUUUAUUGCGGCCCAGUGCAGUCAAAAAUGUGAUUUUCCUGUGUUUUUAUAUAUACUUCCACACUGAGGUUGGAAUAAUACUGUGGAAAUUAUAAUAAUGCACUUUUAGUGUAAGAGCUGUUUGAAAAGACCGCCUGAAAUUUCUGCCUGUUUUGGUGGGAUGAAGUUUUGGCCUGCCCAAAACUCUCUCCUGACAAUUAGUUAAUAGAGGAAUAAGAAAGAGUUCCAAACCUCUCUGCCAAUAACAGCUAGUUUUCAGUUUUCCCCGCUCCACUCAGACCAGUUCCAGACCACUUUCGCAACGUGCAUCAAUCCCAUAGGAAGUCUAUGCCAGAAGCAACUGGAUGGCCACAGUGUCUCCCUCGCUCCCCAUCUCCCCCUGCACUCAUGUAUAUGGCUUUUAAAAGUGAUAUUCGGUGCCUAAUGAGGGGGAUAAUGAGUGUAAAGUAAUGUGACAUGAAUUGUUUGAGUCUCACAAUAACAGCCCUCAAUCAUCUGGAAGAUUGCCGUGGUCCUUCUAAUCAGAUCUGUUUGCCAGGCGAUGGACUUGAAUGA